AUGGCACUCGCGUCAGGGCAGCAGAGCCGCAUCUUGUAUGUGAAGAAUAUGAACUACAAUACGCAAGGGGCGGAUUUGUACGAACUGUUUGGCAGGUACGGCGCCAUCCGUCAGAUACGAAUAGGCACGACACAGGCCACGCGCGGCUCGGCGUACAUUGUGUACGAGGAGAUGGGCGACGCGAAAAACGCGCUCUCCAACUUAAACGGGUUUCAUUUGCAGGAGCGCUACAUUGUUGUUUUGUACCAUGUUCCUUCGCGGUUGUCCGGAAAAGGCACCAUCUCCCAAAGGGAGGAGGAGCUUAUGCGCGUCAAGUCGCAGUACGGGAUCCACGAUGAGUAG